GUCCGGGGUUAUCAAGUGUAAAUAGUGUCUGGGUCUGGAAGAGUGCAUGUUUGUCAUGCUUGUCUGCCAUGACUCUCAAAUCUGUCACGCACGUUACCCAAGAGCGCCAUUUUUCUGUGAUGUAGAAACGCAGUUUGUCAUGCAGAAUAGGCAACACAUAGAAGAAGCUCAGAAACUUGUCAUGCUGAGCGAGCACUUGUGGCCUCCUCACGAUACGCCACCCAGCAGCACAAGUUUCCAGACCCAGACGCAUUUGCAUUUGAUAGGAGUGGCGAAUUCCCAAUUCGACAAGCUGCCCGUAUGGGAUUCUCAAUUGUUACAUUCUCAACUGUUACAGGAAUUUGUCAUGCAAAAGCACCAUCAUCAUCCUCACGAUCAAGCUACUCCGCAUGACAAAUUUGGCAAGGCCUAAAGCGCGCCUAAAUCUGUGCGGAAUUCGUAAUGCUACAGGUGCAACCUUCCCCCUUGUACUUUUCCAAUUCUUGCAUCACAAGUUCAUGUAACAGUUCUUGAGAAUGUAACAGUUGAGAACGCCAUAGCCCGACCUGGCGAUUGCUUGCGACCACUCGGUUUUUGUGAUUAAACGGUCUGGCACUUUGGAAAUGUCCUUCGUCGCGGGGAACAUUUUAUCCAGGAGAAAACACCCAUCCCCCCAUCCAUUGGUUGCAUGACAAACAAAGGAGCUUAUUCAUGUUUUGCAUGACAAAUUGGAUGGGGAUGGGUGUUUUUUUCUGGAUGCGUUUCCGAAUACGGCUACAAGGACGCGGCGAAGGGUUCGGACGCGCGGUUUAGCCAGAUCCGGGGAAUUUGCUCGAUUCGGAAUUCUAUCAACUGCAACCUUAUCGUACUAGUUAAUGAAUUGCAAUACUUACAAAGUGACUCCGCAUUAAGGAUAUCCGAUAUUCAAGUUUGUAGUUUGGAUUUACCUUAGCAGCGUAGAGUUGAGUUGUAGUGCAUAAGUGGAACUACUACGAGUACGACUACGUCGGUACUUUUGCAUUGGAUAAGUUCCGUCUUCGUCGCUGACCAUUGGAACAACGCGGUCCGGUGUAUCUAUCCAGUGAAAAUAUGUCUGGGUCUGGAAACUUGUGAUGCUGGCUUGGGAAUGGUGGACACACUGCAAUACGCAGCCAAACAUGACAAAUUCUUAAGCUGCUAUGUGUUCUUGCGAGGUCUGCAUGUGCAGGGCAAACUGCGGCUGCGAGUUCUGCAUGGCAGACUGGGGUUUUGCACGGGAGGCAAGAGACUCUCAUCCUGCUCAUGCAUCACAGAGGUAGGAGUCAUGAGAGACAAGCAUGACAAACUUCUACUCUUCCAGACCCAGCAGAUCGAUAUUUGCAAUGCAUAGCAUCAAUUUGAAAACCACGGGGGUCGACACGGUCAUGGACUUUGAGCCAAACGGGCCGCUUAUCUUGAGUAAAAAUGUCCUCAUACCAGAGUUGUCAUGCAAAUGCGCAAUGAGAGCAACAUUUGUAAUGCGCGUCUCCAUGAAAGGCACUUCCACUCGUGUUUUGGACUUUGUAAUGCUGUAGGCAGGAUGGGAGGCUGGAUUUCUCAUCCGGCUUCCCUUGCUAACCAGCACUACACUGCAGAUGGAAGCUUUUCAUGCGCAGCGCCCAAAACUUGGAGAUUUGUGUUGCUGAUUUACCAACUUGACUAUGGGGUGGGGACGUUUUUACACAGAAUACCGCUGAAACUGACAGCCUCCGACUCUGGGUAUUUGUACGUUCUGGACUCCGACACAAUUCACAUGUGCAACAUUUUGAAAAUCUGUUCGGUGCAGCGGGAAAAUCUGAGCACGUCCGGAGUUAUCCACAGUAAAUUUCCCGUACACGUGCAAAUGCGGUCUCUGCAUGGCAAGACUUGGCUUCGAUCCUAGUUUAAUAGCAUGACAAGUUUCACACUCCAAAUUGGGGAAAUUUGUGAUGCAUCUUGUACAUGUACGGGAAUGGGAAAUUUGUAUUGCAUAGGAGUGAAUGGAAGCUCACUGGGCACCUUGUCGUUCCAGAACUUGCAGAAGCAAACGCUUUCUGGCAUCGGAAAUCAUGCUGCUGGUGCAAGCAAUACAAGAAGCAGCAUCGGUGGAGCUGCCGGUGGUCCUGUGCCGCCGACAACUGGAGCUGUAUCUACUGCAUCGCCCGCCGUCGGUGGUGGUGUGAGCAAGGGCACUUUGCUGGG